CCCCUCUCGCGAUAUCAUGGUGGCGUACUGGCGACAGGCUGGACUCAGCUACAUCCGGUACUCCCAAAUCUGUGCAAAAGCAGUCAGAGAUGCGCUGAAGACUGAAUUCAAAGCAAACGCCAUGAAGACUUCUGGCAGCACCAUAAAAAUUGUGAAAGUGAAAAAGGAAUAAUUUACCCUGAGUACAGCCUGAAUGCUGCAUGUUCAAGGUGAAGCUGUGGGCACGUAUUAUAGCAGAUUGGAAACCAUCUCCCUUCA